GGGGAACCUAAAAAAGUAUGGAUGUAUUAAAACUGAUCUGAGAGUUAAGAGAUAUUAAAGAAGAUUAAAUAAUCAAGAUGAAAAUUCUAGCUUCUUUAAUUGAAAUUGUGUAUGUCAAAUCUGGGGUCGUUAGGUUAGGACAAGAAGUAAUCAGUGGUAGGAGAAAUUUUUUUGUUUUUCUCCCCGCAUAAAUGCAAAUGAAAUGCAAGCGAGGGCAAUCGUGACGUCACGAGGGUUGUGGGUUUCUUAUUUCCUGCCAUAAGUCAUAUCGUCUAGUCUGUAUGAAAAUACGCAUGGCGGGGGACUUACUUCCUCUCGUCUCAUCAAACAUCCUAGGCACAGCCUUUUAGAUUCGCUAUGUGAAAUCCUUGGUGUUGUGAUCGAUCGACAAGACUGCCAAAUCUUUAGUUCUGUUGGCUUAUUAUGUCCCAGUUCAAAGUUGAAAAAGUCACCAAAGUAAAAGGAUUGUCAGAUCUAUCUGAGAAAGCAAAAAUCGGGGAAAGGACCGAAACCACUACCAAGCGAAAUCGAGGAGCUGCUACAAGCAACGAACGCCCUGGCCCUGCGCAAGGCAGACAUACGUCGCUAAAGAAAUCUGCUUCACCUUCGAAAUCCGCAUCCAGUGAGGCUUCUGUGGCUAAAUCCACAGGAAGAACCCCAAUUUCACACCGUACUACUCCACCAAAACCUGCUACAAGAACAAAAACAACCACUCAGCAGACUUCAACAACAGCUGCCAAGAUUUGUACAGCUUCUCAGCAAAGUAAACAACCUUCUGGCUCUGCUAAAGAUGUCUCGCCAACCAAGAAAAAACCAACCAAUCAGCAGGGAGUAACACCUGCUCCACGCACAAGGACAACUGUUGUCACAAAACAAUCAUCUCAAAAGACUGUGAAGGAACCAAACAGCAAGAAGAAAAAUGAGAUCAAGAAAGAGAAUAGCUAUGAUGCUAGUGACAGUGACUCGGAACAAGGAAGUGUUGAUCGAUUGAACACUGAUGGUGACUUCGGCUAUGAAACAGGCUCUCUUGACGACAGUGAUGUGUCAACAGGAGAGCUUCUUAGCCCGUCAGCCAAGGAUGAGAAUAAGACUAUUUUAAGUCCUGACCAAAGUGAGACUACUGGUUAUUCAUACGCUGAUGUUGAAUUUAGACCACUGUUGGUCACAAAUGAUGGAGGUAUAGCUACACGGAACCCAGAGAAAUCUCCUUCAGAAGAGGAUAUUUCACUUUCAGUCAGUGACAAUGCCAUCAAUGACCGCAGAUCUUAUACUUAUGCUGGAGAUGAAUUUCGUCCUUUGAUUGUGACAGAGAGCGGAGGCAUUGCUGCUCCUGUUGAAAGCAGGAAGUCGUCAAAAGAUGCUGAUAGUGGAAAUGCUAAUGAAAGUAUCAAGUGUAGCAGUGGGGGUAGAAAAAUGCUGAUGGAAUACGAAGAGGUUCAAAUUGUUGAUGGUGGCUAUGACAGAUCAAACAUUAAAUUAACAUCUGCUAACCAAAGAAAUGUGGCUGAAAAUGAUGAUUUGCAUGCUGUUGGACCCUUGAAUGAUGUCUAUGCUGUUGUUCAGAAAAAGCCAAAGGAAGCAGAUUUAAAAGAAUCUAAAGACAAUGUAGUACAGAAACAAAGUACUCCAGUACAGAGACCGAUAGUUGAGUUGGGUGAGGUUGCACCGGCAAUCCCUGGGGGAUGUAAAGAUUCAAACAUGUAUGAAGCUAUUACAGGAGAGCUUCAAAAUAUGAUCAUGGCUUGUGAUGAGGUAGAGCUGAAUGAGAAACCAGCCAGGACGAAUUCCAAUGAGAGAAAGGUAUCUUCAGGAGAUAAAAAAGUGCCACCACCCAUCCCAAAGCCUUACUCAGGACCAGGGUUGAAUGCAUCAAAGGAACUGUUGAUACAAGAAGCACCAGGAAAUUGUGAUUCAGAAACCACAGAAGUCAUUUCACAACCAGUGUAUGCCACUGUACAGAAAAAACCCAAAGACAAACCAGAAGGGGAGAAAUUAUCUGGUGAAACAGACAGCAAAAGACCUGCUGAAGUGCCAUCACAAGAGAGCCAGCCAACAUAUGCUGUGGUGCAGAAGAUUUCAAAACCACAACAGAGUGGUUCAGUUGAAUCGCUUGAUCAGCUAAGAAUACCAGUGAUGUCUGGUGAUGAUGACGAUGAUGAAGCAAGUGAAGAAGAAUUACCACCACCUCUUCCUUCAAGGUUACCCAAUCUUGAGGACACCAUGAAAAGAACUGAACCCUCUGAAAAUGUCUUUCAGUUUGAUAAAGUGGAAAAACCAGAAGAAAAGUCAAAGAAGGGUGGUUUCAAAAUGUUUAAAAAGAAACAUCGGCGCCAGCUGUCAGAUGGAAAUGUUGUUGCUAAAAUGAAAAAUGAUAGUGAAAGAGGUGACUUCCCCCCCAGUGCAGGGGAUAAAAACAAAUUUCACCAUCGCCGUUCAAAAUCACAAGCAGAUGUAAUGAAAAUGGGGGAAAACGGCGAGGGUUCACUGAUACCAAUACAAACCCAAGAUAUGUACACAGAAAUUACAAUUCCAGCUAACAAAGCAAAGAGUUCUUCUGAUGAAGUUCCACCAGUGAAGCCUUACUUGGAAGUUGACAUAACAGAACCUCCACACACUCCUACAGAUAUAAAGAAGGAGAAGAAAUCCAUGGAAGGGGACGGAGAGGAUCAGAAUGCUCCAUAUGAGUUGCCUGAGGGGUGGAGGGAAGUAAAGGGUGAUGGUGGUACAUAUUACUGGCAUGUCGCAUCUGGAACAACUCAGUGGACCCUCCCUCAGGUUGCAACAAGACCAAAGAAGAGGUCAACUGAAGAACCCAAACCUGUGGAAACUACAGAGAGGCAGAAGGUACUCAGUUUCCCAGUGCAUUCUAUGGGUUGGAUUGAACUUGAAGAGAGUGAAGUGGCACCACAUAACAUGAGCGAGACCAUAGCUGAGUGCAUCUCCACACUGGCACAGAAAAGAAAGGAUCUCUGGAACACUACAGAGACAUGGGGAGAGGGAAAGGACAUAAGAUUGUUGUUAGAAGGAGACACCUUAAAACUUGUAGAACCAAGAAGCAAAGUCACAUUGCUAGUCCAACCUGUCUCAAAAAUGAGAGUGUGGGGAGUUGGCAAAGAAGAUCAGAGGGACUUUGCUUAUGUUGCACGAGAUCCUUCAACUGGUAAACACAAAUGUCACAUGUUCCGUUGCCAUGGUAAUAUUUCUGGCCGUGCAAUCACGAAUGCAUUGCAUGACAUGUGUAGUAAAAUCCUGGAAGAAAAGAAGAAAGCACAGGAAAGCAGUAGGAAAACAUCGAUCCAAAAGCCGUGGUCUGACAUCAUUAACACUCCACCGCCACCAUCAGCAAGAGAUAAUGCAAGUUUUAAUGAAAAACCACAUGUGGAACCCAAGAAGAGCUUUUCUGCUAAAUAUGUUGGGUGUAUAGAUGUACCCAAACCAACAGGUGUGGAGAUCUUGAACAAAGCAAUCAGCAAACUAAUGAGUAAAGGCACCAAUACAUGGAGAACAAUCCUAAUUGAAAUCAGCAUCUCAAACAUUAGGAUAACAGACUGUACGACUCAAGAGUUAAUUUCAGAAGACAGAGUCAGAUUCAUGGCAUUCUUUGGAGUUGGAAAGGAUGAAAGACUGUGUGGUUAUAUUGUAAGCACUGCUCCUGAAGUGUAUGUGUGCCAUGUGUUCCAAUGUGCUCCUAAUGCCGCACCUCUGACCAAGGCAUUAGCUGAAGCAUGCCAGCUACGUUUCCAAAAGUGUGUAGAUGCUCAUCCGGAAAUUAUGCAAAAAGUAGUCACUGCUGAGCAAGAAAAGGCAAAAGAAAAACCUGACAAAGAAAAGGAUAAAGCUGGUUUUAUGACAAGUGUUCAAGGGUUACUUGGAAAGCUUGGGCCAAAGAAAGGGGGAGGGAAGAAGGAGGAAGGAAAUGCACCUGAGAGCAAACCAGCUUCCAGCAACAUCCCAGUGAUAACUUGUAAGCCGUCACAUACCUUUAUGGUGAAGUACUAUGGUGCCCUGCCUGUGGCUGUGGGUACAGGAAUAGAGACAGUGGAGGAAGCAGCUAAGCAUCUGGCUGGAGGAACUCUGUUAGUUUGUCAGUUGGAUGUCGCUCUUAAUGGCGUGACGCUUUACGACAGUCAACGGAGUUCAUUGUCAAAGAGGAACCUGGAUGCUGAUACUAUAUCAUACUGUGGUCUUACAAGUAACAGAAGCCAUUUUGGUCUCAUACAAAGCAUGGGAGGAGGAAAAUAUGUUUGCCAUGUAUUUGCAGAAUACAAGACCAAAGCUGGGCCUAUUGUUGCUGCCAUUCAUGAGACACUGUGAAGAGCAAAGCGCAGAUAUAACAGAAACAAAAUCAGUUAAAUGGAAUCAAUAAAAGCUUAUUUACAUUAUGUUAAAUAAAUAAAUAAAUAAAUAUUUGGUAUCUUAAAGUCCACUGGAUUGUAUUCCAUUGAUGGUAAUUAUCAAACAGGAAUUGUGUUAAUAGUUUUAUGACAGUAAUCACUGAACCUUUUGGGGAGCAGCCAUGGAAUUAUCAGUUAGGUUUGCUGAAAUGCAAUAUUAUUGUUGAUUGAAAUCAAGAUUGGAUUCUUGUGUCUAGAAGCUGCGUUAGUCCUGUCACAUAGUACUCCUUAGAAUCAAAUGAUAGCAAAUGAAAUUUGCCUUGCAAGGGAGUCAUAUCAUAUGACUAACCCUAGAGUAAUAUGAAACUUACCACAAUUGUGAAUUUUGAAAAGUAUUAGUUGAGCAAUAUGAAAUAUGUAAAGAUUUUUGUUAUUUUCUAGACUUCAUUAGUGAGUAAAUGCCAAUUCAGUUGGCUCUCAAUAUGAUUGAGAAGUUUACAGUGGAGAUCUGAUGUGAAGAUGUGAUGUCCACUGUUUUAGUUGUCACAUUCAAUAAUUUAAAAUUUGUUUCUUUUUAUAGAAAUAUUUUUUUAUCUCACUUCUGUUCUUUUAUAGAAUUAUUUUUGUAUCAUUUUGCAUUUUGUGUUUGCUCCAUGUUCAUUGACUUUCAAAGAAUGCAAAAAGUGUCUGAAUUAAUGCAUAGAUGCAUGCAUGCAUGAAUGAAUGAAUGGAGAAAUGAAUGAAUGAAUGAAAAACAGGAAUAAAUAGGAAAGACAAAAUGAGUCUCAUUAAAAUUAUAAAAGAGCAAGCAAUCGGUGCCAGUAAACAAAUGAGGGAAGGAAGAAUGUAAAAUGUAACUGAAAGGGACAAAGUGGAAACAAUAUGGCAUUUGUAGAUAAUUAUUGAUAAAGUUUAUUUAUAUAAACUUCAUUAUCUGAGAUUGAAUGUGCUUGGUCACACUUUUUUAACAAUAAUAUUCUUUGCCUGCUGUCAUUGAUUAGAAAUAUCUCAAAGUGUAGUCUGAAGGGUAAUUAAUCAUUCAACUAAAGAUCAGCUGUGGAAAAAAGAAGCUGGCUGCUGUUUAGGAAAUGAGCCUGUGAUCCUCCCCCUGAGUUUAGGAAGAGAACCAGACCUGAGAGAGCAACGAAAUCAAGCCCAGACUGACCUCUGAUAUUUGUGACAGAGCAAUCUAAAAUAGUGUCACCUUACCCAGUUAUGCAAAGAUUUGAAACUCAAAAAAAGAUAAGCUAUUAGUUAUGGCAACUUUUGAAACAAAAUUUGCAUCUACAUGUAAAUGAGCUUUAUUAGAUAGGACAAAUUGUUAACGGUAUUGGAUAUAGUUAAGGAUAAAUUUGAAUGAAAGGUUUAAAACAGAAUAUUAUCAUGGUUAUUAUUGGGAGGAUCAAGAAAUUUUAAACCCUUACUGGUUUGUGGAGUAGUUUUGGAAAGGGUGUUUUGCAGUUUAAGCCGGUGGAAAAUUACGCAUGGCAAGUUUGUAUUGGGGAAUUUCUGAAAGGUACUUACAUUUUUUUAGGAAGAAUAGUCAAGGCAUAUGAUAACCCUUUUCUGAUAGCUGUGCUUUCAAAAUAAGGCUUUGAAGGAACUAAAUUUAUUUAGUCAGCAUUUUUGUAGUAGUAGACUGAAAGUUAAGUCCUGGAAGUAACAGUUGUUUGUUGAGUGUUUGUCCAGGUGAAGUAUGCCUUAAGAUUAGACUAAUAUUGUGAAGUACCAUACUUAAUACUAACAAAUCACCACAGUUGCUUACUGACAAUCAUGCUGAAUGAACAACUUGAAAAUUAUGAAUCUUAUUCAUUUUGUGGCUACAAUGUUUUUACCAAAAUUAUAAAACUACAGCUGCUGUUUAUUAGUGUGAAACAGUGUAUAUGACAAUGUUAAAUCAUGCUAUUGUGCAGGACAAUUACAUCCUUAAAAUUUAAUCAAAACUGUACCUGGACUUGUGUAGAGAGUUGGUAUACCAAAGCCUGAGAAUAGUAAUGUUACUGUUGGGUUGUUUGAGGUGGAAUCCUAGGAUGUCUUAUGUAGCUUUAAAUUUUUAUGCAGUCAUUGUGUUCUUAGAAUAGUAUUUAUUAUUGUUAUUGAUUGUUAUUGUUAUUCAAACAGACAAUCUGCACUCUCCCUUUGUUGUUACCAUUUCUGUUUACAUUCAGUCCCCUAAAAAUAUUCCUUUAAUAUAUAAUUAACAAGAACAAUUGUUAUUAAAACAGACUAGAGAUUCUCAAGAUUUAUGGGUAAUACAAUUCAGAGUAACUUAAUAUAUUAUAAAUACAAUUACAUGUAUUCAAAUUAUUACUUGAUAUCAUUUAAGUGCAUGAUCAGUGAUGCAUUAUUAUUUUUGUGAUUAAUAUAGUUAGAAUUUUCUUUCAUUUUUUUAUCAAUCACUGUUGGGUUCAUCUAGUAUUUUUUUAUUAACUUUGUUAUCACUGAUAACUGUUGAAGUUAUUUCAUUGGAUGCUACACCUAUUAUAGUCGAGUUGUAGAAUUAUCUACUAGGUACUUAUAAUCUGUCUUGUGUUACGCUGGCUCCGUGCACAUUUGAUUACAAAGAUAAAUUGUGACAAAAACUUGACCUUUCAUUCAUUGUUGAGUUGUAAAUUAAUAAUUAAUCUAUUAACACAAAUAUUAUUUAGAAAUGUGGCUGAAAUUGUUUUUUGUGUUAAGCUAGUCACUUGUACCUUGCUGUUAAGAAUGAUAAUAAUCAAAGAAAAUGGAAAUUUAUGUCAAUAAAAUUGGUCAUCAAGGUG